AGAUAUGAUCCAAGGAAGUUUGUUGUAAAAUUCAAAAUUUCCCUCUUUCCCUCGCUCCUUGGUACCCUUGUGGGCGUGGGCCCGGCCUAGUGUGACGUCACAUUCCUCUCGUGUUUUUGUUUGGUAGUCGACGUGAAACAUGUCGGCUCUCAAGACAUUCAGGAUCAAGCAAAAGCUUGGAAAGAAGUUGCGGCAAAAUCGUCCCAUUCCUCAAUGGGUUCGUCUCAGAACUGGCAACACCAUUCGUUACAACGCCAAGAGGCGUCACUGGAGAAGGACGAAGCUGAAGUUGUAAAUUUCUGAAGAUGCAAUGGUUGCAUCCUCAACAAGCAACUUAAAUCUAAUGUCAUUUUUCAGUUAAUAAACUUUAUGGACUACACCGUAAAUUAAA